UAGAUAGGGUACAUUUUUAUUUGGAAGGGUAGCAGACCAGACUGAUGCUUUACAUUUGUUCAAUACGUUUUAUUAUCGUUUUCCAUUGCAUUUCAAGAUACUUCAUUUCACUGUAAAUGCUAGAAAUCUUACAUCUGCAUAUGAAAAGAACCCAUAUAGAUUACUAAAUGAGAUUUUAUUGGGCAGAGAAGCUUGUCCAUAAACUGCACACCCAUUUAGACAAAAUCGACAGUUUGUCUACUAGGUAAUGGCUUCGUGAAAGCAUUUAUCUGACGUUUUAUUGGUUCAAUAGAGUUAUGAAAAACGGCGCACUUUACCUUUGAGUAUCGAUACCACAAAUCAUUCAUUUGUGAGAUGCGCUCACUUUUUGUAUGCUUGCUAACGAAGCGAUCAGUCAGCGCAGUAACAAGCAAUAUAAGCGCGGAACAGAGAGUUCUCGCAAUAUUGGUAGUAAGGUAAACGUCAAAAUCCAUUAUGUGUGUGCAACAUAAAUAAUAUAAUAGACAUUUAUUGGGCUCAGAAACAUUUGAUAGAGGAUUAUAUAGUCACUGAAAGCAUUUGGUGAAAGGAUUGCUUUGGAAAACUAAUAUAUGUAUUUUCAUGAACGCAGACGACGAUUCAAAGUGAUUCAAAACAUUAUUUGAUUUCAAAGAAACAGUUAAUUGUCCUAGCGAACAGUGAGGAAAUAAUUGAAUAAGGAAACGACUUAAAUCGCGUUUUCAGUUUUCUGACAAUUAUAGAACUGUUAAUUUUGUAUUUAGGUCUAACACGGUGUGACAUGGGAAAUCACAGUAGUAAACGUUGUAAACGCAAACCACGGGGACUUAAGUGUCGGUGUAAUCAACCGGAUGACAAACUGUCAGACGACGAACGCAAUCCGACAGAAAGAUUUGAGGGAACCACACCGGAAUCUUACGAAAAGCUGUUAGCUUGGAUGGUCGAAAUGGCUGAAAAUGACGAAGCGGACCUAACCUCGCCGGAAUUUGUUGAGCAUUUGACAACGGUGUGUGCCGACAAACUUGAUCAAAAUACACCUCUGUCAACUACUUCUGCUCUACCAAUUCGUCAAAAGUCUUUAGAGGUUCAAGCCCCUCAGCAAUCUUUAGAUUCUAGUAGUAGUUCUCAUAUUAGUGAAACUUCAAAGUGUAGAGAAGACCUGUUACAUCCUAAAACAAAAUUUCGAAGGGCAAUGCUCAGUCGGCAAAGUACAGUUGAUUAUUCAGACGAUAGUGACGUCCGCAGGGAAGUAUUUGGUAACGGCAGUUUUGAGAGUGAUACGGAUACUAAGAUUGUAAGUCCAGACUCACUUUUGAUAAACAAUAUAGGGGAAACUUCUUUCACGAAUCGAAUUAGACCCCCACUACGUAAAAAUCAAAGCUGUACGACAUACCGAAAUUAUAAUGCUAAUAUCACAGACUUACUGAAUGGAAGCUCGCGCAAAAAGAGCAAAAGUUUAAUGACAAUUAGAAAGAUGUUGUCAGAAACGAGAAAUGACGAAGAAAUAGCUCCAAUUACUGAAGAAACAGUAAUUAAAGUAUUAGAUGAUGACAUGUUAGAUGGAAAUAUUGCCGAUAUUCUUUAUUCAGUGGAAGCGUUAUGGCCACAACCGCCAAAAUAUCUUAAUAGGAAACAAAAAGGAUAUAGCUUAAGUUGAGAUACACGCAAUAAUGAACAUCUCCUUUCCUUUUAACAUAUAAUUAUGACAGAUAUGAUGUCUCAAAAUUUUUUUUUAAAAGUAAGGAACUCAUGCAGCUAAGUGUAAAUUUAAUAAGAGGAUUUGGCUGUUGCUGUAGAAAUAUUCUGUUAUUUGUAUUGCUAAUACAUUGACUUCAAAUUGAAUAUAGAAUUUUUGUCUCUUUUAACAUUUACAUUUUAAAAAGUCUCUUUUAGUAAUAGAAGCUUUCAUGGAUACAUGUUUUUAAAUUCUAUUUCGUAUAUUUAUGUAUUAACGUUUGGUUGCGUUCUAUGCUUCCAAAGCAUAUUGUAUUAAAUAUUGUAUUAUUUUAUUAACAUUUUAAUAUGGAAGUUGCUUCGUGUUAUUUGUUUCCUUUUUUUCUUUGGAUCAAAUGCCACACGAAAACAAGUGUAUGUCAUGCUACCUUCGGGCAUCUGCUUAGGCUCAACAAGACACUUCGCUAGAACCACUGACCUUCCAUUACAAAAUAGCUUGAUGGUUUCCCCACAUAAACUUCAAGUUGUUCUUAUUUUCUUAUAGAGUGUACACGUUGAAUAAUCAAGAUGUACCUUGUAGCAAAUAUACAUUCAUAUAAUUGAUCUGAACUGACAUUUUUGAACAAAGUCAGCCUGCUGUUAAAUGUUCUUCCUUCGCAUUAACACGGAUGAUGUUGUUUAACACGGAUGGUGUUGUUGCUUUGAAAUAUCAAAUGGACUGGUAAGCUGACAAAGAAUAGAUUAUUUUGUUCUCUUUAAUACUUUUGUUUACUAUAUAUCUGGAUGUAAUUAUCCGUAAAGAUAUCCAAUGACCAUCUUUCACUAAAAUAUUUUGUCUUUAGAUAUU